UAUCCUCCAAAUCCAAAUUACUCAGGAGUCAGGGGAACAGAGCACGCGGACGCCUCCCUCCCCUCCCGCUCGAUCCGCUCCCCAACACGCAACGACACGAUGCUCCAAUGCCAACUGCCCAUGGCGGCGGCGGCGCCGCCGCGCUUCUUCCUCGCCAUCACCCGCGCCACCUCCACGACCAUUAGCCUCACCCCCCGCGCCGCCGCCCAGAACGGCCGCAGCCGCAGCCGUAGCCGUCGGCACCCGAAGCCCAAGUCCGUCGCGUUCCCCCCGCCGCCGCUCCGUCGCCUCGUGUCCUCCUCCCUCCGCCGCCUCCUCCCGCGACCGCGCCCCCUCACCGUCGGAUGGUUCGGGCUGGGGGGCAGCAGCAGGAGGAGGAGGAGGGCAACACCAGCGGAAGAGCUCGCGGCGCUGGCGCUCUCCCUGGCGCUCGGCGACAGGCUGGCGGUCCUCGCCGACUACUGGAACGCGUCGGGCGUGGGCCAGGCGCUCGGCGUCUGGGCGGCGGUGUCGAGGAGAGGAGGAGGGAGGGGGCCACGCGGUGGGCUCCGGCGGCUCGCGGCGCUCCUGCUCGGGAUCGCCUUCUGCGCCCUCGUCUGCCAUUUGAGGGGCGCCUCGCUCGUCGACGCCCUCGCGAGGACGGCCGGUGGCCGGAAGCUAGCGCGGAUUUUUCUGCAUUGAUUGAUUGAUUGAUCGAUUCGUUUUUUCGAAUUCUUCUUGAGACGAGUGUUUGCCUUGAUUCAGGAGUUGCAGGUUUCCUUCGUG